AUGGGCAAGAAAGGCUACACGUAUAGCGCCGUCCCGGCCCCCUCGUCGCAGGAAUAUGGCAUCAAAUGCCAUGCCAACGACCGCACCUUGAGGCGAUCGAAGUCGUUGAAGCUGUUCGCGGGGGCCGCAGUACUGCUGGCCGUCUUGGCUCUGGCGCCCAUCUACGGACUCGCGCCGCCCAAAGUCGAGGGCUGCGGCGCCUCGGGAUACUGCCCAGACCCUUCGCCGCAUGUCUGGGGACAGUACUCGCCCUUCUUUUCGGCUCCCUCGACCAUUGACGCAACUACGCCCACAGACUGCCGAUUAACGUUUGGCCUCGUGCUUUCCCGGCACGGUUCACGAUUUCCUACCGCGUCCAAGACAGAGGCGUACAGGUCCUUGCUCGACCGUGUACAGAGCUCGGUCCAAGAGUAUGGUGUUGGCUACGAGUUCAUCAAAGACUUCGUCUACGGUCUAGGCUCCGAUGAGCUGACACCCUUGGGCCAGAUGGAAUUGGUCAAUUCCGGCAUCGCCUUUCUUCGCCGCUAUCAAGGGCUGGCUCGCGACGCGGAUCCGUUUAUUAGGGCGUCUGGCUCCGACCGCGUCGUCAUGUCAGCCCAGAAUUUCACGCAGGGCUUCUUCGACGCCCAAGGCAGGGGUGCUUCUGACCCGAUUGCCCAGAUUCUGGUGUUACCGGAGGGCCGUGCCUUCAACAAUUCGCUGGAGCACGGGUCAUGCCCAGCCUUUGAGGACGGUCCGGGGUCCGACAUUGCCGAUGAGAAAGAGGGAAUAUGGAGUGAAACCUGGGCAACACCCAUCGUGACGAGGCUCAAUGAGAAUCUGCCUAGGGCGAACCUGACACUCGAGGAAACGGUCUUUAUGAUGGACCUCUGCCCCUUCAACAGUGUGGUCACUCCAAACGCAACUACACCUGGCUUCUGCAAGCUCUUCUCGCAAGAUGAGUGGCGAGGCUAUGAUUACUUCCGGUCACUGGGGAAAUGGUACGGCUACGGCAACGGCAACCCGCUCGGCUCGACGCAGGGGGUUGGAUACGUCAACGAAGUCAUUGCACGGCUAACUGGCGAUGCGGUACGCGACGGGACGACGACCAACUCGACGCUCGAUUCAUCGCCCGAGACGUUCCCCCUCUCACGGAAGCUGUACGCCGACUUCACCCACGACAACUCGAUGAUGUCAGUGUAUGCCGCGCUGGGGCUGUACAACAUGACGGGCGACCUGCCAGCCAGGCACAAGCUGUCGCCACGCGAGACGCACGGCUACUCGGCGUCGUGGACGGUUCCGUUUGCGGCGCGCAUGUACGUGGAGAAGAUGCAGUGCGGACACGAGGAGGAGGAGCUGGUGAGGGUUCUCGUCAACGAUCGCGUGGUGCCCCUGCAGAGCUGCGGUGCGGACGAGCUGGGACGGUGCAAGCUGGCCGCUUUUGUGGACAGCCUCUCGUUUGCGAGAUCGGGGGGGCUGUGGAAGACUUGCUUCGUGUGA